CUACUCUUUUGGACUUAUCAUUAAUGUACAUUAUCAAAUGUGACUAAUAAGAAAGUAUUGUUUCUUGUUUAUUUAUCUAUAUAUACAGAUGUCAUGUGCACUUGUCUAAGUACUAUCAAAGUAAAGCAUUCAAGUUUUCAUUCUGGGCAAAAGAAAGGGAAAAUGUCAUCAUCCUAUGAUAGCUCUUCUUCACCAAACAACACGAAUGCUAACCCAAGCGUUGGAAAAAAAACUGAAAGCACUUAUGGUAUAUGAUAACCGUGUAAUUACAAUGAUCCACAAAGCACUUCUAAAGAGAUUUGAUGUGGAACCUCAUGAAGCGAAGAAUGGCCAAGAAGUUGUCCUUACUCAUCAAUCUGGUGCAUUCUUUGAUCUGAUUCUGAUGGACUUAGAUAUGCCAGCGGUAAACGCUCAUCAGACAAUUAAGGAACUUCGAGAUAUGAAUGUGCGUAGCUUAAUUGUGGGAUUGACUUUCCUCGAAGAAGAAGAAGCAUUCAUGGAUGCUGGCCUUGAUUAUUGUUAUCCGAAGCCGCUUCCUUUUGAUGUAGUUCGCGAUCUUGUGGAGAAAAUUAAGGAGAAUGCCUAGACUUAUCAAAAGUCACUUUAUUUAAUGGAACAUAUAUUUUAAUCUCUAGGGAAGUUAAGAAAAUUAGUCGACAAUUUCAUAUCAGUGGAAACCAGAUAGAUUAGUUUCUUGUUAUGGUUUCUAAAGUAUGUAUACCAUACUUACAAUUAUCAAUAAAUUUAUUUUGGUAGAACAUAA